AUACAGCACCAAUUACUGAUCCGCCCCUCAGAGUGAACCUCUCUCUCUCUCUCUCUCAGUCUAUUUCUCUCUCUUUUCCCCUCUUCUUCUUCACAUUAUCAUUUCCUAUACCGUGUAAAGACAGAGCUGAACUGAUGGCCGGUGUCUCCGCUAACCGAGUCCUCAUUUACGGAGGAAGAGGAGCACUGGGCUCGACCUGCGUCCACCAUUUUAAAUCCAAAGGCUGGUGGGUGGUCAGCAUUGACAUUGGCGCUAAUGAAGAAGCUGACGCAAAUGUCCUGGCGACGAUCUGUGACAGUUUCUGUGAGCACGCGGAGCAGGUGACGUCAGAUGUGGCUCGGCUGCUCGGAGACCAGAAGGUGGACGCCAUCGUGUGUGUGGCCGGAGGAUGGGCUGGUGGAAACUGUGCCUCCAAAGAUGUGUUUAAGAACAGCGAUCUGAUGUGGAAACAGAGCGUCUGGACUUCAACCAUCUCCGCGUAUCUGGCCUCUCAUCACCUCAAGCCUGGAGGUUUGCUCACUCUGACCGGAGCCAAGGCUUCACUCAGUGGAACUCCAGGUAUGGUGGGUUAUGGCAUGGCGAAGGCAGCAGUGCAUCAGCUGUGUGAAAGUGUUGCUGGACAAAACAGCGGCCUUCCUUCAGGCGCUGUAGCCGUGGCCAUCCUCCCGGUUACCUUGGAUACACCGAUGAACAGGAAGUUCAUGCCUGACGCAGACUUCGGCAGCUGGACACCAAUGGAAUACGUGGCAGAAAUGUUCUACAGCUGGGCCGUCGGGUCAGAGCGGCCAGCCUCAGGCAGUUUGAUCCAGCUGGUGACGUCAGGAGGAAAGACAGAGGCCACGCCGGUUCAGUAAAAACAAGAAGAGAACGAGACGAGUGGAAGUUUCGGGGGGAAAAAAGCAAACAGUUACAGCUGCAUAAAAAUAUAAAAAGCCCAGGGGUAAAGGGAGAAUCCAUCCAGCCUUAUAGUCUUUGAACACAAUGCCACCUGUUGACAUUUUACACUACACACCUUAAUAAGUCCUUAUUAUUUCAUUUACAUCGUGAUUAAUGUAGCUGGAAGUGUAUAGCUCUCUUCAUAGCUAUAACAUAGUGUGAGCAGUAACAGGUAUUAAAUUGUUUCAUGUAACAUCGCACAUCAGUGACGUACGGAUAUACAGUAUAGUAUAAAGUAACGUCCAAAAUUGUAAUCGAUGGCACAAGUGUUUUAUUCCUGUGUAGCAAAUCAAGAGACAGUCAUGUGACUACUCUCUCUACAAGCAGUAAAAACCUCAGCCGGUUAAUCCAAUGCAAACUUUGCAAACAAAGUGACCUUACCCUGCGCAUGUGUGUGUGUGUGUGUGUAUGCGAGUAGCAUACAGAUGAAAAAGUUUACAGCAAACACCAUUCAUCAAAAUCGUUCCUGUGCUUUAUGGCUGUGUGUUCGAGUGUAUGAGCCAGUGUUAAGCAGUAAAAUAUUUCCCAUAAUCCA